AUGGCUUCCGUGCGCUUCCCUGGAGAGGAUUAUGCCGAGGGCACUAGUGAAGUUGGUGAGGUCAAUAGCAACAUCUCGAAACCGACCAAGCGACAGAGAUGGGCUACAACACGCCAGACCGGCUCCGGCGGCGUGCGGAAACGUGUUUCCAUCAUCGACCGUUUCCACAAGCGACAUGAGACGAGAGACGAGAAGCGCAAAUCGACCAACAGUAGCGUCCAAAACGACAACAUAUCCACCAACGGCGCCGCGCACCCUGGAGGAGAGAAUCGCACGAUCUACUUCAACAUACCGAUCCCUGAACACGAGCGUGAUGAAGAAGGCCAGCUCAACCUCGCCUACCCUCGAAACAAGAUUCGGACCGCCAAAUACACUGCAUUGACGUUUGUGCCGAAGAACAUCUUUUUGCAGUUCCACAACAUUGCGAACAUCUACUUCUUGUUUGUCAUCAUUCUGAACUUUUUCUCCAUUUUCGGUGCCAAUAACCCUGGUUUGAACGCCGUUCCCCUUAUUGUCAUUAUCGUCGUGACCGCCAUCAAGGACGCCAUCGAGGAUUGGGGCCGAACUGUAUCAGAUAACCAAGUCAACAACUCCCCCGUCUAUCGUUUGGUUGAAUGGAAUAAUGUGAAUUCGACCGAGGACAAUAUUUCGACAUGGCGCCGAUUCAAGAAAUCUUGUACCCGAGGUAUAAUCCGGACUUACAAGAGCAUGGCUGGCAUGUUCGCUAAAUCGACUGAAGAGGAUGGAGAAGAUGGCGAACGACGAGAAUCAUUCCUGACCACAGGGGACCCUAGGGCGUCCAUAUACUCCAACCGCAACUCCCUGGCAGCCGAUGUUGCUAUUCCAAUGACCGAGGUUCCUUCACCCCAGCCCGAAGCUCGCGACAACUGGGAUCAACCCGAAAACAAGUACCUUUCGCCAAACAGCGCUAUCAGGGACAGUGUGGAAGCACCUUUGUCAGACAAGAAACACGGAACUGUACUGGAUAACUCAAAGCAAACACCCGGCACUGCUCGAUUCAAGCGAGAUUACUGGAAGAAUCUCCAAGUCGGUGAUUUUGUUCGAUUGUACAAUGAAGACCCGAUUCCAGCCGACAUUGUGAUCUUGUCGACCUCGGAUCCGGACGGCGCCUGUUACGUUGAAACCAUGGGCCUGGACGGCGAGACAAACCUGAAGGUUCGCCAGGCGCUCCAUUGUGGUCGUCAGGUUCGACAUGCGCGUGACUGUGAAAAGGCCGAGUUCACCAUUGAGAGUGAGGCUCCCCACCCCAAUCUCUAUUCCUACAAUGGUGCAAUUCGAUGGGAUCAACGGGACCCGAAUUUCCCAGAGGCCCCUCGUAAGGAAAUGGUGGAGCCAAUCACCAUCAACAACAUGUUACUUCGAGGUUGUUCUCUGCGCAGUACUGAAUGGAUUCUUGGCGUGGUCGUCUUCACCGGUGGAGAGAGCAAGAUUAUGCUUAAUUCAGGUGCGACCCCCGCUAAGCGUGCUCGCCUGGCCAAGGACCUUAAUUGGAAUGUUAUUUACAACUUCUUCAUCUUGUUUCUGAUGUGCCUCGUUGCGGGUAUCGUCAACGGUCUUGCAUGGGGUUCCAAUGAUGAAUCCUUGGACUUUUUCGAUUACAGUUCGUAUGGAGGCACUCCCCCGGUGACUGGUAUCGUCACUUUCUGGACAGCCAUCAUUCUGUUCCAGAAUUUGGUCCCCAUCUCACUGUACAUCUCCCUUGAAAUUGUCCGAACCAUCCAGGCUGUCUUUAUUCACAGUGAUGUCUACAUGUUCUACGAGAAGCUGGGCCUGUUCUGUGUCCCCAAGUCAUGGAAUAUCUCUGAUGAUGUGGGACAGGUGGAGUACAUCUUCUCUGACAAGACCGGUACAUUGACACAAAACGUCAUGGAGUUCAAGAAGAGCACAAUUAAUGGUGUGUCCUACGGUGAAGCCUACACCGAGGCGCAGAUAGGCAUGAGGCGCCGCGAAGGAGCCAAUGCUGACGAGGAAGCUGCUCAGGCUCGUGAGCAGAUCGCGGCCGAUGGAAAGAAGAUGCUGGAAGGCCUGCGUCGCAUCCAUGAUAAUCCAUACUUGCGUGAUGAAAAUCUGACUUUCAUCGCACCAAAUUUUGUUGAUGAUCUCGAUGGCCAAUCUGGAGAAGAGCAGCAAGCCUCUGUCGAGCAUUUCAUGCUCGCCCUAGCUGUAUGCCACACUGUCAUCACUGAGCACACUCCGGGUGAUCCGCCUCAGAUCGAGUUCAAGGCUCAAUCUCCCGAUGAGGCUGCCCUCGUUAGCACUGCCCGAGACUGUGGCUUCACGGUUCUUGGCCGUUCCGGUGACGACCUCCUGCUGAACGUCAUGGGUCAGGAACGCACUUACACUGUUUUGAACACUCUCGAGUUUAACUCGUCACGUAAGCGAAUGAGUGCGAUCAUUCGCAUGCCGGACGGCACCAUCCGCCUUUUCUGCAAGGGUGCUGAUAGCAUUAUCUAUUCUCGUCUGGCGCGUGGUAAGCAGCAGGAUCUUCGGCGCAAGACUGCUGAACAUCUGGAGGAGUACGCCAAGGAAGGUUUACGUACUUUGUGCGUGGCGGACCGCCUUUUGAGCGAAGAAGAAUACCAGGCCUGGAACAAGGAGCAUGAUAUUGCGGCUGCCGCUAUCGUCGACCGUGAGGACAAAUUAGAGAAGGUCUCCAGCGAGAUUGAGCAGGAGCUGAUGCUUAUUGGUGGAACUGCUAUCGAGGAUCGACUACAAGAUGGUGUCCCAGACACCAUCCAACUUCUUGCUGAUGCCGGUAUCAAAUUGUGGGUUCUCACUGGUGACAAGGUAGAGACCGCAAUCAACAUCGGUUUUUCGUGCAACCUUCUCAACAACGAUAUGGAAUUGAUUGUUUUCAACAUCCCUGAAAACCAAACAGAGCAAGCGAAUGCUGAGUUGGACAAACAUCUUGCGACCUUUGGCCUAACUGGCUCCGAUGAGGAGCUAAUCGCGGCCCGCGCGGAUCACACGCCACCCGCCCCCACCCAUGCUGUCAUCGUUGAUGGUGAAACACUCAAGUUGAUGUUAGACGACGAAUUGAAGCAGAAGUUCCUCCUCCUGUGCAAGCAGUGUAAGGCUGUUCUCUGCUGUCGUGUCAGUCCUGCCCAGAAGGCUGCUGUCGUCAACAUGGUUCGCCACGGUCUUGACAUCAUGGCUCUUUCUAUUGGUGACGGUGCCAACGACGUGGCUAUGAUCCAGGAAGCCGAUGUGGGUGUUGGUAUUGCUGGUGAAGAAGGUCGACAGGCUGUCAUGUCAUCUGAUUAUGCCAUUGGCCAGUUCCGAUUCCUUCAACGUUUGCUUCUAGUUCACGGACGAUGGUCCUACCGCCGCCUGGGAGAGUGUACCGCCAACUUCUUCUACAAGAACUUGGUCUGGACCUUUGCUCUCUUCUGGUACUGCAUCUACAACCAGUUCGACUGUUCAUAUCUCUUCGAUUAUACCUACAUUGUCCUGGUCAACUUGGCCUUCACCUCCCUCCCGGUUAUCUUCAUGGGCAUCUUUGACCAAGAUGUCGAUGACAGAGUGUCCCUUGCCGUACCCCAACUUUACAUGAGGGGUAUCGAGCGCAAGGAAUGGUCUCAGCUCAAGUUUUGGCUUUACAUGUCCGAUGGCUUAUAUCAGUCGGUGAUCUCCUUUUUCAUGCCCUGCAUGCUCUACAAAGUAGCAAACUUCGCCAGUGAAACUGGCCGCGACAUUGCGGAUCGAGAGCGCAUGGGUAUCCUUGUUGCUACCUGUGCCGUUCUUUCCAGUAACAUUUACAUCAUGAUGAACACCUACCGAUGGGACUGGUUUACCUGCUUGAUCAACGCCAUCAGUACCCUCUUGAUUUUCUUCUGGACCGGUAUCUAUACAUCGUUCACUGCCUCCGGCCAAUUCUACAAGGGAGCUGCCGAGGUUUAUGGUGCUUUAAGUUUCUGGGUUAUAUUACUCGUGACGGUCAUGAUUGCCUUGCUCCCUCGCUUCGCGUACAACUCCGUCCAGAAGGUUUUCUUUCCAUUGGACGUGGAUAUCAUUCGCGAGCAGGUCACCAUGGGAAAAUUCAAGUACCUUGAGAAGGACGACGGUUAUGUGUCGCCGAGGGCUGAUGAAGUCGUUGCCAACAGCGAUGGGUCAGCGGCUUCCUCGGAAUUAGCCAAGCCAAUCCAACCUCCGUUGAAACAUGAUCCAGAACUUGCGGAAGAUGACCAGAAUUACUAUCCACCGACUGUUUCGGUCACUCAUGCGAACGGUCAUGUCCCUCGCAGCCAGAACGGAAGCAAUGGUACAAAUUACACCGCAAGCCUGGACCAGUAUCCCCGACCCCAGUCAGUGGAUUACGUCCGAAGAUCUCACGAUCGGACUCGGCAUUCGUUUGAACGGGUUCGACAAAGCUUCGAGGCUAGCAAUGAUUUCACUUCUGCGGCUAUGCUGCACCGAAUGGAAUCUAGCCAUAAUACCGAAGUUCUUCAAGACCCCUUCAAAACUCCCGAAGAGCUUCCUGCACAUACUAGUAACAAUAACAUGUUUUGA